CCGCCGCGGUGCAUGCCGGGCCGGCGGCGGGACCAUGGCGAGUGAUUUCUACCUGCGGUACUACGUGGGGCACAAGGGGAAGUUCGGACAUGAAUUCCUCGAGUUUGAGUUUCGGCCCGACGGGAAGCUGCGCUACGCCAACAACAGCAACUACAAGAACGAUGUGAUGAUCCGAAAGGAGGCUUAYGUGCACAAGAGCGUGAUGGAGGAGCUGAAGAGAAUAAUCGAUGACAGUGAAAUCACAAAAGAAGAUGAUGCUCUGUGGCCUCCUCCUGACAGAGUGGGCCGACAGGAGCUUGAGAUAGUGAUUGGUGACGAACACAUCUCCUUUACCACGUCAAAAAUCGGUUCCCUCAUUGAUGUAAAUCAGUCCAAAGAUCCAGAAGGCUUGAGAGUGUUCUACUACCUGGUCCAGGAUCUUAAGUGUCUCGUCUUCAGUCUUAUUGGACUCCACUUCAAGAUUAAGCCAAUUUAAAACAGACAAACUGAAGUUUGUAUUGCAAUGUCAGCAAUGGGGGGUGGGAAGGGAGGAUCCUGUUCCAGUUCCUCGCUGUUUCUGAAAUUUCUGUGUAUUUUAGAUUAUUUUUUUGGUUGUUGUUUUUGUUGUUACAAACUGUUCAUGACUCACUUAAUAAAAUGGUGAGAUUUGCAUUUUUAAUUUUUAA